AUGGCUGAACCUAAAAAGAUGUACAUUUCGUACAACAACAUCCAUAAAUUAUGUCAAAAAGUUGCCAAGGAGAUCUUAGCCAAGAACGAGAGACCUGAUAUUAUUAUUGCUAUUACUGGUGGUGGUAUGAUUCCUGCUAGAAUUAUCAGAUCGUUCUUGAAAGUUAAAGGUGAAAAAAAUAUUCCAAUUCAAGCCAUCGGUUUAUCAUUAUACGAAGAUAUGGGUGUCGAUGACACUGUGGAGACUAUUGGCAAGGAAGUCAUCAGAACUCAAUGGCUUGAUUUUAUGGCACUAGAUAAACAUUUUGAUUCUUUAAUCGGUAAGAAAGUUUUAAUUGUGGAUGAGGUUGAUGACACAAGAACUACUUUACAUUAUGCGGUCACUGAACUAGAAAAGGAAAUUGAGGUACAACAAAAGAGAUUGAAUAGAUUAAAUGAAGAAACUACACUUUCCGUUUUUGUUUUGCAUAAUAAGGAUAAACCAAAGAAAGCUGAUUUACCAGCAAAAAUGAUGGAAACCGGUCAUUACAUGGCUGCAGUUACAGUUCCAGAUGAAUGGUUAUGUUAUCCAUGGGAAGCUGAUGAUAUUGAAGAGCAUACUGAACUGGCUAAACAACAAGGGAAUGAUUAA